AUGUCUGGAUCGUCUGAACCACCCAAGUACACCAAAACGCCCCUUCACGUCAUUCAAGAACGAAUUGCAAGGCUAAAGCAGAACUCGGACAUCUUUGACGUUCAAGUCUCUACUCCACUUCAAAUUCGUGAGCUUGAAUUGGAUAGUGAAGGGAACAGAAUAGAGGGAGGAUUAGAAGCUUCAACCACUUCAUCGGAUCAAUCACCACCACAUACCCCACAUUCACCACAUCAAGAACCACCCAACGCUCCAUUACCUUUACUUUUACCACCACCACCACCAAUGGCUCUCACCAUAAGGCAACUCUCUACAUCCGUCAUCCCACCUGGGGGAGUGCCAACCUGCAUAACCUACCCUGCUGCAGCUGAGGGAUUAACAGCUGAUUUUGAGUUGAAGUCUGGGUUGCUUCAUCGUCUUCCUACGUUCCAUGGACUCCCUAUGGAAGAUCCCAACAACCACUUGAUGGAAUUUCAGUUCAUCUGCACUAGCAUGAAGCCUCAAGGAGCUGAUGAGCAUAUUUUGAAGUUGAAGGCCUUCCCAUUUUCGUUGGCUGACAAGGCAAAACAGUGGCUCUACGAGUUGCCUAGUGGACGAAUUACAUCUUGGGGAGACAUGAUGAAGGCGUUUCUUGAGAAGUACUUUCCUACAUCUCGCAUCAUCAUGUUAAGGAAGAAGAUAAGUGGCAUCCAACAAGGGCAAGAUGAGUCCUACGCAGAUUACUAUGAGAGGUUCAAGUCUCUCACCACUCAAUGCCCUCAACAUGGCUUGAAGACUGAGACCUUGCUCACUUGUUUUUAUGAUGGGCUCACAAGCUUGGAACGAGACAUGCUUGAUGCAGCUUCUGGUGGAUCGUUUGUUGACAAGGAGCCUGCAGCUGGAAUGAUCCUUAUUGAGAAUAGGGCCUUGAAUCAACAACAAUAUGGGAACUCUAGGUCCAAAAUCACCACCACAAAUCGUGAAAAGGUCCAUGAGGGAGCACAAGGACAAGUCAUGGUGUGUGGAGUAUGUUCUAUGCAAGGGCAUGUGUCUGACCAAUGCCCUCAACUCAUGGAAAGUGGAGGACAAGAAGGUGUCAACGCCAUAGGUUUUCAACAAGGGUUCCAACGUCCUAGGAAUGAUCCAUUCUCGAAUACUUACAAUCCUGGAUGGAAGGACCACCCUAAUUUCCGUUGGAAGGACAAUGAGAAUGUUCAAAAUGCACCUCAAGGGUUCCAACCACGUCAAACUCAUCAUGGGAAUCAAAUCAAUGCUAUAUCUACGGAUGUCAAUGAGAUGAAGAAGCAAAUGAGUCAAGUUGUGGAGUUUAUGGGUAAGUUUCAUGAGCAAGGAAAGCUACCAAGUGGUACCAUCCCAAAUCCUCACUUUGAGCAAGCCAAAGUCGUCACUACAAGGAGUGGUAAGACCCUUGUAGACCUCCCUAAGCCUCCCAAGAAGAUCUCAACGUCAAUAUUAGAAGAGGAGGAGGACCCUGCAACGUCAAAGGCUCAAAUGACGUCUCCACCUUCCAAUGCAAAACCGAAUAUUCAAGGACAUAUUUCUAACUCUUUCAAUUCGGUUAUUGCUAAUCCAUCUUCUUCUCCUUUGCCCUUCCCAAGCAGAUAUGCUAAGUCCAAGAAGGAUGAGGCCGAAAAGGCCAUCUUAGAAACCUUUAAGAAGGUGCAAAUCAACAUCCCUCUCCUUGAGGCCAUCAAGCAAAUUCCUAAGUAUGCCAAAUUCUUGAAGGAACUUUGCACCACAAGGAGACAAAACCGUGAAAAAGAAGUGGUGAAGGUAAGUGAGAAUGUCUCAGCUGUGCUUCAACGCAGAAUGCCAGAAAAGUGUAAGGAUCCAGGGAGUUUUUCUGUCCCUUGUGUCAUUGGAACUACUAGAUUCGAAAAUGCCAUGCUAGACUUAGGUGCUUCUAUAAAUGUUAUGCCAUAUUCUGUUUAUGCAUCUCUAGGUCUAGGUUGGUGA